AUGUUAUCAUCUCUUCUUCAACGGCUACCCACCCUAUUUCUGUCAUUAGUUCCGCCUCUGCUAGCUCUAGGCGCAUAUGGCCAGAAACUCCCGGCAGCCCGGCUCGAUACCGUACCCGAUUGUGCUCUAAACUGCGUCGAGAGUUUUAUAAACACUGAUUAUCCGAAUAAUGCGUGCUCGUCUGUGUCAGAUAUCAGCUGUCUAUGUAAAACUAAUACAAAAAGCGGUUAUACGCUGGGGGAGGCGGCCUUACGCUGCGGCUUCUCGUUCUGCUCAAUUGAAGUGGCGCUCAAUUCAAGUGUCUACAGCAUUUGUGAUUCGGUACCCGGAGCGUUGCCUCGUACACAUGCUACAAUCACUGCCACAGUUGUGUCUGUACUAUCGCCUACGAGCGUUCCCGCUACCGAGACACACUCACCUAAUUCUAGUUUGACUACUCCGACGGAUCCUAUACCACCGCAGACCGGGCAUCCAUCGACUACCUUCACCACAUUUCAAAGUCCAGUAUCAGCAACGGAUACCGAGCAAAGUACCCCAAGUACUGCUAGCAGCUCACAGACAACCCACAAUGCAACAUCGGGAGCAGCUGCCGGUAAGGAGAGUAGUCUCAAUGCAGGUGCUGUGAUAGGGGUGUCAGUUUCUUCUGGUAUUGCGGGAUUCUUUAUCCUUGGGGUUAUAGUAUUUUUCUGUUGCAGAAAAAUGAAACGGCGGUAUCAGCAACCAAAGGGCCAUGAUUUCUUUGAGAUUGGAGGUGCUAUGGCGGAACCACCCAAUUUCUCACUACCUCCAAGACGUCCGACUCCAGGGCCCAACCCCCCAUCCGGUGCAGGACACGGGGACACGGAGACUUCUAGACUCAUGUCUCCAUUUCAGCCUGGUCCUCAGAACCCAGCAGUCGUUGUCACAGGUCCGGGUGACGACUAUCGUUAUGGCUCCACGGGGAUAGACAGCCCAGGAAGGAUUGGCUUUGCUAUAUCCUCUAGCUCAGAUCUCGAGCCCUCUGUCAGUCAGUCAUCCCCGCGGACAGUCUCCGACCUAUUGCCUGACAAGCCGGUAUACACACUCUGCCCGGAACCAUUGCGGCUGAGUCAACAGAAAUACCCAAGGCCCACCAGUGGUGACACAUUGUUCGAAGAGGAUGUCACCAGACCAAGGAGUUUCCUUGGUGGUAACAGGCAAUAUCCGACAUAUGCAAACAUGCAAGUUCCAUACAGGAAUAAUCGGCAGUACAAGCGGCCCCCAAGAGUAGGGCUCCCUGAUAACCCACGUGCAUUGUUUCAUGCCUUUCGAGCGCGGAAUAAUACCGUCAUUCCCAUCGGUUCAGGCCGUCCAAAAAAGUCAGUCUAUGUUAGUGCUGGUGAAGGGAGACAGGUCCCUUAUCAAAGUGAUUUAUACGGCAAAUCAUCACCCCUAGGUCCACAGUCGUACAUCACAGAGCGCAAUGGGUAUGUCGGUGAUUACUUGCGGGGCCUUGAUGUGGAGACUGCUAGAGCUCUUCCCGAGCCACCGGUAUCUCGCAACGCAGUUCGUCAUUUAGAUCAGGAGGUCGACACAAAAAACAACUUAUUAGACAGCUCCAGUGACGAAUUUGAGACCAUCAAUAUUAAUGAAAGCUCGGGGUCCCAUCGAACGUCUCGACAUUCUGGAAACUUCAGACCACUCACUCCUGUUCGAGAAAUUCGAACACCGAAGAAUGACGGCCAGCGACGAAACUAUUUCGACGAAGAUGCGUCUGUAAAGUAUCCCCGAAUGCCGUUUUCCCGGGCCGUUAGUCCAGCCCGGGAAAUUGUCUCUAGGCCUAGGAUCGUGCGGCGUGAUGAUAUCAAACGUGUGCAAAUACGGCGAGGCAAGCCACAGCCCAAGGAAUUGACCAUUCCUUACUCACCAGAUGAUUAUUGGAAUGGACAUAGCUGUAGCUCUCCGUCCGGACCUAGACCGUACAGGUUGUCUGGUGACCGGUCCUCGACGGAGAUACAAGGACGCAUGGCAAAGAAAAAGCGUUCAUCAUCAGAGCGCAACCUGACGCCAUCAAGGAGAGGCUCUGACUUGAUCCUUCGGGUAGAAUGA